AUUGUCAACUGUCAAGCAAGAGUCGACGUACAAUUUUUACAAAUAAAUAUGACUGUGUCUAUUAAUAUGAAUGAGAAUAAGUAUAUUUUAAUUUAAGUAAUAUCGUAUAAACACGCCAGAAAAAGAAAACAUAAAUAAAAAACAACGUAUAAUAUAUGUGUACAGUUCGAAUGUAAUGAAUAAUUAUUUAUAAAAUGGUAAUAUUACUUCUACUGCAUAUUAACUAAAUUUUUAAGUUAAAGUCGUCAGUCGUCGUAAGUAUUUCAAUAUUAUUUUACUCUGAAGGAAGUUAUAUUAAAAAUUUAAACAUGAAUAACUACUGAAGAAACUCUGUGAAGAACUAUUACGAAUAUUUAAGAAGUAUCGAAAUGACAAAUAGAGAGUUAUUGCAAGAAUAUUCUGACUCUAUAAAAAGACUUAAAAAGGAGAGUGCUGAUAUAGGCAUAAAUGGUGAAGAAUUUAGGAAAAUGUAUUUUGAAAGUCUUAAUGAUUUAGAUGAAAACCUACAUUUAAACCAACGCCAAAGUUUCUUUAAAAAAUACAAAUUCCUUAUAGCCUUUUUUAUAAUAAUAUUAUUUGCCAUAUAUAACUUCAAAUGUGUAUAUAGUUACAUAAUAUGCAAUGUACAAGAAUAUAUUUACCCAGGACUAAGGUUAUUAAGAAAAAUUUCUAUUCCGUUCCUGUCACUAUUUCCUGCAUUGACUGAUUUAUACCAAGAAACAUGUUUGAUACAAAAUCCAUUUUUUACUGUUGUGGACAUGGAUUGCUGGCCGUGUAGUACAGUAAACAAUAUAGGUGAAGUUUUCAAUCCACAACCAAUUCAUAAAGAACAGACUGCUCCUUUUAUUUAUAAGACUGAGCAACCACAAAUUGAUGUUAAUAAAUUGAAAGGUUUAUAUAUAAAAAAUAAAGACCUGUUUGAUAAAGAAAGUUCAAAAGUUCUUACAAAUAAUAAGUAUUAUGAAACACCUAAAGACAUUUUUGAUUCAGAUAUAUUAAAAGAAAAUCUUUAUAUUUGGAAAUUCAAUAACUUCAAUGUCGCAAGGAUACUUCGCCAAAUCAUUGCAAGGCCAAAAAUUGUUCCAAAGUUUGGUCAAAGCACAGAGAGAUUUAUUAUAAUAGAUUCUAAACAUGAUACAUUUCAUAUACCAGAUACGGAAUGUAACUUUGCUUUUCUGCUAGUGCUGAGUGGUACAAGAAUUAUCAAUUUGCAGCCAGCAGAAGAAUGCAAACAUCAGUGCAAAUCCUUUAAAAUGAAAUUAAAGAAAUCCUAUUUAUUGUGGUACAAUUGGUGGUACUGGAGACCAUCAGUUCAACUGACACAAGGCAAUGAGACCUUUAUAGCACAUGUUGGCUCCUAUUGUUAAUUAUUUUAUAAAUAAACACUGACUUGGAAUGUUA